CUCGCAGCCAUGUACGCGCGUGCGUUUCUCACUUCGUGAUUCGCGUAUCGCCACCAUAUCCCCGAAAAAGAUGGCCGCCACGAAAGCGUACGGUGGUGAUGUUGACGUUGUCGUUCGCACCGAGGUCACGUUACGUCUUCGCGCAGCGUAAAGAUAACCGUGCGUACAUGCGUCCGCGUGCGCCGUGUGAACUGUGCCGCCGUCGAGCAUCGUCGCGGGUGACGAACGGACGAGAGAACGCAGAACGGGAACGGAAGUGUGUGUGAGAAAGCGAAGGUGGUGCCCGUUGAUCCGUCGAGCGCGAGUGCGGUGGAUUCGUAUACGAUCUGCACACAGUGUCUCUCUUUCUCGAGGCGCUCGACCAGUGAUCGACAACGAAACGACCAGAGUAGGCGAGAGAGACGAGCAGAGAGUUAGAUGGGAAGAAAGUGUGUGAGAGAAAGAGAGAGAGCGAGAUAGAAAAAGGGACGGAACAGUCGGCUAGAGAGAGAGAGAGAGAGAGAGAGAGAAAGAAAGAGAAAGAGUGACGAGGCGAGCGCUGCGAAGGAACGUGCCCCUCAUCGCGGCUGAGAACCAAGCUCGGGAACGUGAGACAUAAGUUUCCUCGUGAUCGCCUGUGCGAAAGUGAGAAAGAGCAGCAGCGCAAGAGAGGAAAUAGGCAGACCCUCGAGAUCGCCGGGCGCUAGCGCGUGGAAAAGAUCCGGCGAAGGAGAGAGCGAGAGAGAGAGAGAAAGAACAAGAUAGAGCAUCAGAUAACGAGACGACGAGCGAGACAGAGGCAGGCAGCGAGUAAGAGAGAAAUAGGAUACGCGACGUUUGUCGAGUGUGUCGUACGGCUCCGGCUAAAACGUCGUGACUGUGGGUGGUGCGUGGUUGAUUCCCCGCGCGAGUGAGAACAAAUGCGUGUGCGUCGUACGCGAGCUACGGGGCCGCCAGCACUGUGCGUAGCCGUCGCCGUCGCUGUUGCAUCGCCGUGCCCUCUCGCCUCCUGUGUCGCACCGGAAGCAGCGAGCAGCCGUCACCACCGCCGCCGCCGCCGCUCGCUUUUACGCGCGACUCGAGCCUCCGUGUCAACCGAGGGACGGCCAUAUUAAACCGCCGCCGUACGCCGUCAAAGAGUACGCUUCUCGGUGCGUUCACCACCGGGCAUCUCGCGAGGAGCACGCACGAGCCCCGGCCGGACGAGAAAGGGAGAGAGAGAGAGAGAAAGAGAGAGAGAGAGAGAUCGCGGUGUGAUCUCUCGGAGUGUGCAUCUGUCGUGUGCAACGUGCGUGCGUGCGUGCGUGCGAGAAGCAGGCAAGGUACGCGAGAGCGAGGCCCUUCUCUGCCGCCGAGAGUCCUCGAGGUUUGUUUUUCCUUCCGUGCCGCCUUGCCUCACCACCGUCGCCGGAUGACGGCGCGCGUACGUGGUGCGUGCACGAUAGCAGUGUGUGCGACGACGAGCGGCAUAGUCGACGAGGAGCGUCCCGUGCCGCCUGAUGUCUACGCAUCGUCUUCGUCGCACGGAGACAGCACAGCGGCUCGCCACCACGGUGUCUACCCCUACUCCCGGCAAUACCACCCUUCCUAGGCCCUAUGGUACCCACGUACUGCAGUCGGUCCCAUCGACGCACAGUGGCCCGUUCACGAGCACCAAGGGGCUGGAAUAUCUUCUAAAGGGGCUCGAGGCGACGCUGAGUGACAGCAAGAAGAAGUACGGCGACAAGGUGAAUGCACUUCUGUCCGCCUGGGAGCAUGUCUCCAAUUAUAUUCCUGCGGCACCGCCCGAGGCCACCCAGUCUCUCAUAGAAUGGGCUCACAGACAUACGUUGACACUGGUAUUGCGCGGGGAGUGGCCGAAGUUGGCACCCGUCGCCAAAACGCACCUCUGCGUGACGCUGCAGAAGUGUGUGUCUCAUUUAACCCAACACCCCGCUGCACCCAGGUGCACCGCUCUGUUAGCGCUGGUGCACAAUCCAUGGACACAUCCAACCCUCGACAGCAUACUUAACGGCCAACCGGAUUCCGAACAUGAGGAGGAAUUCUGUUGUUCGGAGAAAGGCGAACUGCUGACGAUGAGACUGAAAAUACUCUGCGAGGACCGCUGCGAGGACAUAGCGGUGAACCUCGCCGCUGCGUGCGUACGCUCCCUCAGACGAAGCGAUCAGCUGCGGUCGCUCUCGGAGUCUCAUCACGUCCACUACAUGAUCGACGUGUACAUUGUCCUCUUGUACAAAUUGAAACGCACACAAGAUAUUUUCGCUCAAUUAAAAUUAAUGGAUCUCAGCGAUGGUCUUGAAUUGGUCCAGAGGCUCAGCGGUGAGAGGCCAACAAAAUAUGGAACGGCGCGCGUUUGGAGAAAUUCGAUAAAGGCUGCGGAAUUGGUCGCACAGUAUCUUGUUACUGCUGGAAUGGUGCGGCCGGUGUCGGAAACUGGAGCGAAUAUUUUGGAGCAGAUCUUGAACUCUUGGGCGUUGCUGCACGCAAAAUUGAAGGACGUCGCGCCUACUUUACCCGGCAUGAUUAGAAAAUUAAUUGAACCCGCGGAGAGUGCUCAACAUAUUUAUAUCUUCUGUGCAGUACUUGCGAAACAUUUUGGCGAUAGUAUAAAACCUUUGGUGAUCGAACUUUACAUCAGAGCGUUGACGACGGACAUGAACGAGCUGGAGAGUCAGAAAGCGAAGUCGGACGACGACAAGGUGCGCGAGACCGCGAAGCGCCUGAGCACGCAAUUUCUCAAAUUGGCGGACGUAGUUGACAGCAAUAUCGGCAUCGCGAGGGAGUGCGUUCUGACAGCCUUCUCCUUGCACCCCACCAGAAUCUGUUACGACAGAAUAAAAGAGUUGGCAGUAGCGUGCGGGAAAGCGAAGGAGGACGGCGGGCCGCAGGAUACUAGCACUUUCGAAGAGAAAAACAAGCUCAAAGAACUCGGAGAAGAAAGUCCUUGUCUGCCUGGCGCCCUGAAGGACGCGCAGACCAAGUCGAUUGGCAACGACGACGUCAAGCCGACAAUUUCGGCUGCGCCGUCGAGUUCGAUGCCUCCGGAAGUUCAGCAGCAGCAUCCGUCGCAGGAUUCGACCAUCAGCAGCACGGAGAAGAACAUAGACUUCCAGAGCGGCCAAGUGACGGAGACGUUCGAGCACACGAAUCAACUGUUGAAGAGCCUGCUGACGCGAAACCCCGACGCGACGACGAACAACGACAGGUGUCCGUUGCGUCCGAAGUGCGAGCUGAGCGGGCCGCUCAGCGAGCUCUGUUUCAAUUGCGACGAGUUCAUCAAUAGUCAACAACUGAACGUCAAUAAGUCGCAGCCAACGGCGCUGAACGCGAGCGCCGCAACGCCGCCGGUCGACGGGAGCAACGUGGAGAGAACGUUAGACGCGCUGAUACUGAUCAAAGGCGACGCAGUCACCGGCUCAGCCAACUACGACGAGACGUCCGUGCCCAGCCAGGUAUUGGACGGCGAGAAACUCGGCCUCUCACCGCAGCUGUGCGACGAUCUCGCUGUGGUGCUGAGCAGCCCGCGCUACCACAUGCUCAGCUGGGUGCUGGACUGGAACGAACUGAAGGGUCUGUGCGAGCGCUAUCUGGAGAAUGCCGAGGAGAUGCGCAACACGAACAAAGAGCUCAAGUACCUGAACAUCGAUUACUCGCAGUUCAAGGACUGGCCGUCGGAGGAGGACACCAAGGACGUGUUCUUCGGCAUCGAGAAGGGCUACGAGCAGUGGGUGGAUCCGCCGUCCGACAAUUCCGAGCAGUUCGGCAGCUUCCAGCCGGCCGGCGGCUACAAGCGCUCGUCGACCCGGCGCAGCAUAGACGACACCACGGAUUCGGACAGCGGCAGUAUAUUGCGCGUGCGACGUGCCGGCAGGGCCCGCAAGGUCCUGAGACUAGAGUCGUCCGAGAGCGACUGCGACAGCGCGGAGCGUAAGCCAAAGCACUUUCGGAAUAGGAUCAGCUCGGUGUCGGACAGCGACAGUAACACGCAGGACAGCCAAACAGACAGCCUAGGCAGCGACGGUUGCCGGCUGGAGACAAAGAAGAAGUCCAACAAAUCCAACGGGAAGGAGGCCGCGAAGAAACGGCCCAAGUCGUCCAAGCUCACCGUCGAGUCCGUGUCGCAUUUUCAUAUGCUGGUGAAUGAGGACGCGCGGCACACGAGCGCGGCGCACGAGGACGCCAGCGGGUCCGACGUCAGCAGCGACAUUAUCACGCUGUUCUCCGCGGACAUGGACGAGAACAAGCGCGAGACGAUCAAGGGCUCGACGUACACCGCCGCAGCGCCGUUGAUCAUCACCGAGAGGCGGAGCGAUCCCGCGGUGCUCAAGUCCUUGCGGAUGUUCAGGCCGCAGAACUCGAAGAAGCCGACGCGGAUCGCGCAGCUGCUGCAGAAGAACCUUGUCAACAAGAGCAAAGACAACGGCGAUGACCGGGACGAGCAGCAGGCGGCGGGGAACAUCGCUGCCAAGUUCGCACCGAUGCUGAGCACGCUGAACCUGAAUCCGAAGAUCGUGCUUACGCGCGCCGACGAGGCCGACUGCAAGCAACUGCCGCGCGCGAAGAAGCCCCAGCAGCGUCUCAGCAGCGGCGAUAUCACCAGCGAACUGAUCAACAUACAGAAGACGAUGCCGUAUAACAAGAGCGUAAUGACAACGUAUCAGAAACAAAAGGAGCGCGCGACCGGCAAGAGCAACAACUCCAGCGGCAAGAACGACCUGGGCUGCUCGGUGGUGGUAGACAGCCGGCACGAUCACCGUCAUCAUCUCGGCGCCGUCAAGUCCAACUUGGGUAAGACCAAGUUUGAUAUUCUCGCGCAGGCCGUUAGGGAUUCCGAUAUAUUGGCUAAGAACGUGCCGGGUUUGAAUUCGCUGGACAUGAUGGUGCCGCCGCGGGUACGCCCCACGGUGAACGUCGUGCAGCUGUCCAGAAGCGUGCCGCAGAGCCCAAGCUCGGCGAGUGCCGCGGCUACGGCGGCGGCGAUCAACAGCGGCAACACGCCGCCGCGGCCGACGCGCACUCCCAGCGUGGCCGGUAGCAGCAGCAGCAGCAGCAGCAGCAGCAGCAGCAGCAGCAGCAGCAGCAGUAGCAGUAGUAGCAGCAGCAGCAGCAGCAGCGGCGGUAGCAUACAGCUGCCAGGCACGCCGUCCUCCGGCGGCCACGACAGCGGCGUCAGUAUGAGCCCGGCCGGCCAGACGCCGCCGCCGAGGUCGUCGAAUAUGCCGGAUAUCGGCGAGGAGGCCAAUCAGCCGCCGGACGCGCUGCCGACGAGCGUCGUCGUCGCGUCCACGCUCAGCGCCGCGUCCUCCUCGGCGCACCGUCACGACACCGGCGAGCCGUCGAAUCCGCGCGCGCUAGCAAUCCGGCGCGUGAGCCAGCAAAACCUAUCUCCGAAAAAGUCACCCUCCUCACCGUGCGCCGCCCCAAGCAGCGCCGCGACCACGACUACCACGACGACAACGACAAUAAUACCGACAAUGACGACAACGACGACGACGACGGCGACGACGACGAGCUUGGGAGUGGUGGCACAGACAGCCAUCACCAGCUCGUCAGAGUCGGUGAAAGUCAUCUGCAAGCCAGACGGCAGUUACCAGAUCACCGCGCUCAAUCCGAAUCUCGUGUCGAGUCAGAGAAACCUCUUAGCGUUGCAGAGCCUAGACGACGACGGUAACGCGACUUUUACGCUGCAGACGCAGCAGCAGCAGCAACGCGCCGUCGUCGACGCGACGUCGAUCGGCGCGUCGUCAAAUCGGAACGCCUACGACCACCGAACGUUGUCCGGCGGCUCCUCCGUCAAGGGCGCGUUGCAGAACGCCGGCCAGAACGCCGUGCUGCCCAAGUUUCAGCAGGCCUUUCGCAAGACCAUCUACACCAACUUAACGGCGGACGCGACCGCGUCGACGGAGACAUCGCUGAGCAGCGUUCAGCAAGUUACCACCACUACCGUCGCGCAGAAGACGAUGAAUCUAUCGAAAGCGGUGCAAACGUCCGUGCCCAACAGUCAGCAGCCGCCGCAGCAGCAGCAGCAGCAGCAACAACAACAACAAGAACAAACGAACCCCGCCACGGGUAUCAAUAUACAGUCCAUCUCCGCCGCUAAUAUUUCGAACCUGCAGCUGCCGAGCGGCGGCUCGAUACUCAAUAUCGUGCAGAACGCAGGCAACAACAGCGCGACAAACGCCUCCAGCAGCAGUCCGAACACCGCCGCCGCCGCCGCCGCCGCCGCCGCCAACCAGGCACUGACGCAGCUCGUGCAGAACGCCAGCUCGCAGGGCGUCAUAUAUACGCACAAAGUGAUUGCCAGUAGCAAUCCGAAUCAGUUCAACCUCAUCCCGGCGAUAUCGCACACCAAUUCGAUAUCGCCCGGCAGGACCCCGGUGGUGAAGCUGAACAUCAUCCGCGCGCCGGUGAGGCAGCCGAAUUUGGCGGGCACCACCAUCCAAGCGGUGCUGACGCCGAGAUUGCAGCAACAGGCGGCUCGAGCGGACACUAUGAUCGGUACCGCGAUGGAAGUGAACAAUCAAGUGAGCUCGACGACUUUGGAACAGCUGAGGGAGUUUGAGAGUGUGCUGGAACAAGUGAAGGAGAGGAGUAUCCAGCCGCAGUCCCACCUCACGAUCGUCAGUAACACGAACACGACGACCGUACAGACGCAGACCACCGCGCAGCAGCCUGCCAUGACCAAGCAGCAGCAGCAGAUCACCGUGAGCGCAUUGGCGCAGCAGCUGAUGAUGCCGGCACAGUCGCCCAGCGGAGGCGGCGGCGGCGGUGGCGGCGGUGGCGGCGGCGGCGGCGGCGGCGGCAACAAUAACAACAACAACAACAAUAACAACAACAACAAUGACUUCCCUAGCAACGGCGGCACCGUCACGUUUCAAGGGGAGCCCGUGUUUUCGCAAAAGGUCUCGUUGGCCUACGUGAAUCCGAGCAGCGUCAAGGUGAUGGGAGCCAACUCCACGACACCGGUAGUCGUGGUCACCAGCUACUGUCAACCGGCGGCGUCGCCCGCGCUGAGCGUCACCUCGCAGAGCUCGUCGAGCCCGUGCGUCACCCCGGCACCGGCGCCGGUUCCAUCGGCCGGCAAGACACCACCAUCGUCCACCAAGAGCAUGAAGAAGUCAACGUCGAAGACGCUGAAGAGCAGUGCCACCAAUACCUCCAAGACACCGCCGAUACCGAAGCCGCAGCAGAAGCCGCAGGAAGACGAGCAGACCGCGCAGCGGAUCUACGCGAUCCUCGACGAGUACGCGGAGCAGCUGCGCAACUCGCCCGACUUGAACAACAAGCCCGCGCCCAGAAGAAGAUCCAACCCACCGACCAACCCGAGCCAAACGUCCAAGCGCAAGAAGUCGGGCAAAAACAAGCCGGUGAGCUCGCAGACCUCAGAACUCAGCCCGAGCACGGAUGACCUUGGUAGAACCAUGGGCAGCGAGGACUCGUCGAGUGGCGUCGUGCACGUACAGGACAGUCCGGCUGGCUUCUCCGCGCCGGAGGAGCCGCCGGUGAGCAUGGCCAGUGUCGUGGAAAGCGCCGAGGUGCGCAACCUGACGAGCGACUCGAACGACGACGUUGAGCUGAAUCUGAAGCGGCGGAACCUCAUCUUCGCGGAGCCGGGCUCGGGCCAGCCGCGCACGGUGAUCGUGCAAGAGGCACUGCAAACCGGCUCGGUGAGCGUCAGCGAGGCCUUCGCUUCCGCUGUCACGAGCAAAAUGGGCGGCGCGGCGGUGCUGAUGCCGACGAAUCUCCUGUUGCCGCUGAUGAAGGGCACUCAACAGUUCACCGUGGUGUCCGGCUCCAAGCUGGUGGCGAUGCCGACGGCGGUGCGCACCGCCGCCGGCAACGCCGCGAUGUCAAACGCCUUGGUGCUGCAAUCCUUCCUCAAUCAAGGCACCAAGUUGAUCUCCCCGCAGGCGCAGGUCAAGCAGAUGAAGCUGCCGCCCACCUUGCAGUCUUUGUCGAACAGCCAGACGCUGAACACGAGCGUGCCGAACAUCCAGGCCGCGUCCGUGGUGAUACCGCAGUCCGAGAGCGCGCAGUUCGCCGUGGAGACCGCUACGACGACGACGGUGGCGGUGCCGGACAAGCCUACUGUGAUCAGUGACAUCACGCUGAAGAACGACACGACGGUGGCUGCCGGCGACGGCAGCGGGUUGACGAUCGACCCCGCGGCGAACGCCACCAUUGUGGUGAACAAGAGCAGUCCCACCAUCAGCCUUAUACCCAGAGGCAUCAGCGAGAUCGCGGACAACCAGCAGAUAUGCGGCGUCAUCACGAGCAAUCCGAACCUGUCGCUGCAGAGCACAAGGCUGUACAACUCCAACAUACACAAACUGUCGUCCCCCACCAACUUGAAGUCCGACAACGCCAUGGUGUGCAUCACACCGGCCGGUGCCGCCGCCGCCGUCGCCGCCGUCGUCACGCACUCGCCGGAAAAAAAGUCCCAAGACACUCAGGUCGUGGACAAGUCGUUGUGUAUGCAAACCCCCGGCACCCUCGCGCUUUCCUUCGGCUCGCAGACCGACAUAAACGCUAUUCUAAAUGACGAUCAGCAUCAGCAUCAGCAUCAGCAAGAGAAUCAGCAACAUCCUCUGCAACAACACAAAGAUAUGAAGGAGGCGUUCACCGAGAUCACGUCCGCCAACAAAAUCGUUUCCCCGAAAACGGUAAAGAGAAAACUCGAGGACAGUAUCGAUAUGCAGGAAAGUGUAUCAAGAACUUUGAUCCCCACGAACAUUGCCACGUCGUUACAAAAUAAUACGAAAAUUGAAUUCAUGUCUUCAAUCGCCUCGACGAACAAGCAGCCGACCAUUAUCGACAACACCUUCCUGGUAACUGGCGGUCCGAGCAGUUCAGACAGCCAGGAAUCGCCGGUGCAACAGACGACCGAAAUGAUCGACAGAUCGUGCAAGAUCGGCAACGGGCUGCUGUACGGAAACGCACGCUUACAGGAAGCAUGGGAGCCAGAGGGGAAGGUGUCGCCGGACACGCCGUGGAGAUAUAUCCCCACGUCGAUGAACAUGUUGAACAACGAGCCGUUCAAAGCGUAUGUCAGAAGUAAUUCGAACUCUACGGUGACAUUGGAUGGCAAGAAAGAACAAGAGAAUCGAAUGUCCAUCCCUAAUUCCAGGGACGACAUGGAGAAUGGGCCGAGCGUGUUGCAAAUUAUCAACAAAGGCCACAGCAUUGAAAUGGCGAGCGGGCAGAUCUAUCAGUCGAACAUGAAAAAGUACUUCAUGAAUCACACUCUCGAAUCAUUCGGCAACAAGAACAGCAUGUUGAAGGCGCAGCUGAUGCCAAGGCUGGACCGCGAAUUGAUGCAGCAAAGGAUGGAUAGGAAGACCGCGGCGUAUGAGCGCGAGCUGAAGCUGCAGAAGAGCCUGUCGGAGGAGUGCGAGGAUCUGGGCGUCGACGAGCCGAGUACCAGCGAGCUGUUCCCCGAGGCGGACCUGCUGUUCGACACCAAUCAUUCGCCGUCGUACGACCACUCCUCGCAGGAUGCAUCCUGCAGUCAACCCUUGGGCAUGAAGCCAUACAACAACACGUACUUCCGCACGAUGGACUCGUCGAGUGGCAGCCGGGACGACAGUCCGAUCAACGACUUGAUCAAGAUGAACGAGCGUAAGAAAGGCGCGAAUCAACGCGCGAGGACACUGAAGGACUCGAUGAAGCGGAGCAAGCGAGAGAAGGAGGACUCAAACCUGGUGGACCAUUCGACAAAGCACAUGCGACUGACGCUGGACAGCCUGAGCCAGGACGAGGCGUCGAACAGUAACUCGGACAUGUCCCGCUUGUCGCCGGGGAAUCUCGGUUCGUUGGAGAACGACUCGUCGAAGGACAUGAGCCAUCGUGCCAAGCUGAUCUCGAGGAUCGGCUCGAAGGAGGGUACACCCAGCAGCGUGUCCAGCAUCCCAUCUAACAUGAAGCUCGACAUGGACAUGGACUCAGAGUCAUUGCCGCCCAGCAUGAACGUCAACAACAUCUCGAUGGUAAGCGACGGCGACGAGAGCCUCACGUUACUGGGCGGCAACACCGCAGACGUCACCAUACCAUCGCCCUUGUCGCCGAUGACAAACGCUGGGCCGCUGCUAUCCACGCACAACAAGUACACGUACAUCAACAAAAAGCGCAUGACCUCGUCGAAGGUGCACGGCUACAUGGCAUGGGAGAGCCCGAUGUCGGAACGCACGAGAUCGAGUAGCGACGACGAGGACUCAAGCGUCAGCGAAUCGAUCAGCAGUCAGCCGGAAGACAACAUCUUGAGCAACGGCCUGGAGGAUAGCGUGCAGACCCUAAAGGCCUUGGCGGCUGAUCGGCGCUGCACCUACGUGAAGAAGAAAGACAAGCUGCAGGUGAAGGCGAGGGUAGUGCUGAACCGCGCCGACCACACCAAGGCGGCGACAGUGUUGCCGUCGAUGAAGCGCCUGCCCAAAACCACGGCGGAGACGAUCGCGGCGGCAGAGUCGCUGGUGAUGUCGAGCGACAAGGUGUCAGAGGCGUCCGAGGACGAGGCCAACAACAUCGUGCUCUCGAUGGAGCCAGACUGCCGCGCCAGGCGGUCCAGCUUGCGCGGCCACGUGAAGAAAGGCUGCGCCUGCUGCAACGGCUCGCCCGAGCGCCCGAAGAAGAAGACAACGGCGCCAACGGUCAAGCCGGAUCACACCAAGCAGAAGAAGCGGCUGCUGGCGAAGCAGCCCGGCAAGAAGAGGUAGUCCUAGCGAUCGAGCGCUCGCGCGAGCACCGCUAUGUGUUGCUAUAUCCUUGUCGGCGCGUCACUGUCAAGCCGACCCUCGGCCCUCGCAGCCACGAGGAAGCCCAUCGACCACACGCCCCGUUACGACCGAGACCGUCAGAUGACUGCGGGAGCGAUGCGUCGCUGUUGUCUGUUGCGAUCGAGAAGAAUACGCUUCGGACAGUAACGAUCCUGCGCAGGAUCUGCGACGAUGGCAUUGUAAAUAUUAGGAGCGCGCGGCUUAUAGACGCGAUUUCCGCCAUUCACCGGGACACUUGGCCGCUGCUGCAUUUGCAGUGCAUAGGUUCAGUCUAGUAUGUGAGAGAGGAGGAGGGAGAAAGAGAGAGAGAGAGAGAGAAAGAGAGAGAUAUAUCUUCUCUCUGUGAGUUUAAAUUAAACAAUGAAUUCAUUUUACAUUGUUGUGAAUGCGUAUAUAGAUAUACUUAUGUGUGUAUGUAUGCGUGUACACGCGCGCGCGCGCGCGCGCGCGUGUGUGUGUGUGUGUGUGUGUGUGUGUGUGUGUGUGUGUGUGUGUGUGUGUGUGUGAGAGAGAAAGAGAGAGCGAGAGAGAAGCAGUACGGUUUAGUUAGAAUUCUCGCGUCGAUAACAGUAGGUCAUCCUUCUCUACCAUUAGGUGUUAAUUACCACAUUAGAUUAAGAUAUAGAGAUCAUUUAUGAGUGGCAGACUUAGAUUUAAAUCGUUAAGGACCGUUUAGCGACGCAAUCUAGUCAAGUCGAUAAGCUCUGCGACGAGAAAUAGGCAACGGACGGAUGGGUGUGAACAAAAAACAUUAAGUAAAAUAUAAGCGCAGCCGUAAUAAGAUCGUUGAUAGAACCCUCGCAGAUUAAAGAAAAAAAAGAGCCUGAAUUUAUAUAAUUCAAACCUACAGUACGUCUCUAUCAUGGAGUGAAGCUAUUCCACGUUGUAACACGGUGUGGUCAGACUGAAUAGACAAAUAAUACUAGAGUCUCUCCGAGGAAAAUUAUAGGAUAUAGUUGAUGAGAGAGAGAGAGAGAGAGAGAAAGGGGGGGGAGAGUAUGUGCAGUUUCUUUGGAAUACAUCAUCUUUGCCUUUCGUGUAAUGCUUACAUCUGUAUAACUUUAACUUCAUAGAGGAGGAUAAAUUGUCGCAAUGAACUCUCGGCGCUCUGCUCUUAAACAGCGCCUAGAAAAGACGGGAUUAUUU